AAAACAAAUGCCUUGCACCGGCUGAAUUGCUGCCGCGCGACCACAAGGAGUCGCGGCGCGACUCGCCAGAGUCUCGGGACGUUCGCAAGAGCCAGCUGCGCGCAACUGCUCCCGCGCAACGAGCUGUAACCCAACCUGAGCAAGGCAGCCACAAAGAGCAGCAGCAGAGCUCGCAGCGUAAAGCGCCGCCGACGCAGAAAAGAUGUCGCGCCCCGCCGCGAGAUCGCCGGCGUCCCUCGGCGCCGGCGCGCGACGGGCGCCGCCGCCGUCCACGGCAUGGAGCCCCAAUACGAUAGUAAACGCUGUCAAAAGAAUGGCGUCGCGCGACGAGCGCGAGAUGCUGCCGCUCAUCGAUGCUGGUAGGGCGUCGUCCUUCGACGACAGGACAGACCGACCUGUGCCGUCACCCGCCUCGCUCCGGAAGCGGCUCGAGAUCCGCCAACCCAAGCCGAAGAAGAAAGAUGGUAGGUUCGGGUUAUAUGCGCAGUACUUCGCGGUGGGCGUCGUCUACGGCGGCCUCCUCCAGACGAUGUACGGCUUCUUCCUAGGAUACCUCAACGUCGACGCGUAUGCUUAUGCCGCAGCCACGACGGUCGUAGCUCUACCCUGGUCCUUCAAGUUCGUGUUCGGUGCGAUCAAUGAUGUGUGCCCCAUCAACGGUGAGAGAAGACGACCGUACAUCGCGCUGGGCUGGGCGUUCUGCGCUAUUGCUUUAUGGUUUUUAACGAUGAUGCCGCUACCCGAACCCUACUGGUGCAUCGAUGAUCAAUCAGGAAGGUACAUCACGACCGCAAGGCAUCGGCACGACGGCGUGAAGGUGGCGGCCGAGCCGUGCAAUAGUAACGCACCGUUAGCUGGAGGACCCUUCGCGUUGGCGAUGAUGGUGGCGUCGUUCGGCUAUUGCGUUUCUGACGUGGCCGCCGAUGGGUUGACCGUCCAACUCGCCAAGAAAGAAGUUGAAGAGAGGCGGGGCCAGACGCAGACGUCGGUCUAUUUAGUUAGAACGAUUGGAAACAUCUUCGCGGUGGCCUUUGUGGGCCUAGGCAUGAACUCGCGGGAAUAUAAUGGUUCGUUCAACAGAGGAUUGUCCUUCUCGUGGGUCAUGGGCGCCUUCGCGUUGUUAGCUACGGCCAUGGUCCCCAUCUCACUACUAUUCGUGAAGGAGCCCUCUCUCAGUGUACAGCCGUUGUCGACGACGGACGCCACACCAAACUUAAGAGCGAGAAUCAGUCGAAGAGUGACGUGCGAGCAGUACCGGAAGAGCGUCUGGCAGCUAUUGCGGUCGAAGGCCAUGUUCUACUGCGUCUGCUACCAGUUCCUGACGCCGGUCAUCGGCGCGGUGUAUACGACCGCUUCCCCCGAGGUGAAGCAGCACUGGGCCCACGUGCGGUCGCUGCAGAACUCCCUGUUUUCGUUGGUCGGAUUAGUCGUUUUUUCCUGCGGGUUGUGGCUCGUGAAGAAAAGGCUCUUACAUCGGUCGUGGCGGGAGCUUACCUUGGUCACGACCAUAUUCCUCAACGUCAUUGACAUGCCCUUCAGCUUCUGUACGAUCUACGACAUCGUGCGAGACCCCUACUUCUAUUUAGGAGAAACGGUCCUGCAAGGCAUCCCGGACGCCGUGAAUUUCGUCGUUUCUACCUUUGUGAUUGUGGAGAUGGCCGAGGGCGGCGACGAGGGCAUCGUCUACGGUUUAUUGACCACGACCUAUAAUGUCGGCGGUCCCUUCGCUUCGGCCAUCUCGAACCAGCUCUUUGGGUUAUUUGAACCGAAGUUGUCAGAUCCGAAGAACUAUGUGGAAGACCGACCGACGUUCCGGAACACGGUAGCUUUAUCUUUUGUCGUGACUUAUGCCGCGGCGUUUUUGUCAUUGUUGACUUUGCCGCUGUUACCUAGGCAGAAGGCGCAAGUCCAGCAGUGGAAGCGCGACUGGCCUCGAAAAGACGCGUAUGCGUGGGCGUCGUUGACCAUCCUCGUCGUUGGUUUGGUCUACUCCUGCGCGCUGAACGUGCUGGCCGUGCUUCCUUCCACGAUGUGCCUGGAGGUCGUCGGCGGGGAGGGGUGCUGAUCCUCGUCCGUUGUUUUGUUGUUUAUUUCGCUCGGUUUAACUUAUCUAUAUAUAA